CUGUUUCCAGCCUCACAUGAACUGGAAAAAUGGUGGUGGAAAAAGCACAAGGCAUAGAUGUUAUACUUUACAGACCACAUUCUUCAGUCAAGAAAAUUCUUCCCUUCAAAAAAAAUGAAUCAAGGCAGUUUGUUGAAAGUCAAACGACCAAAACACCAGGACCUCAGACACAAAUCCAACUCUGCUGUAGACAUCAUCAACAUCACCUUAACAAUCCUGUCCAGAUGAACCGCUUCCUGAGCUGUUUCUUAGUGAAUCCAAAACUUUGUCGACGUCUCACUUGUCAAAACACUUAGAAGCUCCUAGAAGCGAAUUCCAGGUCCAGGUAGCGUUACAAGGAUCUGUCCCAGCGGGCGGAGGAUGGCAGUAGAUCUAGGUUCCCUGGCUGCUGCCGGGCCCUGCACACAAUUACUGCUGACCCACGCUUUGUGGUGAAAGGUCCUGAAAGGUCUAGCAGGGGUGAAUAACAUCCCUACAUUGUGUGUCUGUUGAAGUUAUUUUGGUUUGUUGGCAGGGAGAGGGUAUGAGUGGGAAUAAAAAGAGGAUCCUUCCUCUCAGAUUGAUGUGAACUCAUAGUGAACCCAGUGAAACUGUGCUCCAGUGUAAAAGUUUGAUGAUAUGUUUGACUAAUUGAGUUGGAUAGUGUGAAAACAGUCAGUGCUUGUUGAACAUUUUACCUAGGAUUUUUUUUUCUAUCAAGGUCAAAGUUAUUAUUUGGUUAAUAUUUCCACAUGCAGCAGUGUUUAAAAUGCCUUUUGAGAUACUCACUUAAUCGUUUUUACUUAGAAAGUGAUUCAUGAACAGUCCUGUCUUGACUUGUGUCCAGGUCAGACAUCCUGUUUUAGCUGGACACAGUCAAGAUGAAUUAUUAACCAGUUUAAAUUUAGCUGUUGAUGCCUCAGCUCUGUGUGUUUUGUGUUUUUCUAUAAAUAUUUCCUCUUAGCCUCAUAUCAGCUACUAGUUUGAGAAGCUGGUGUGAUGCCAGAUGAUGUUUUGAGUUUGCACAGUGAGAAAGCAUCAUUAGCCGGAUCUAUUUGUGUGUGCAUCCUAGUGGAAAAUGGUCCCAUCAUGCCAGAUGUCUCUCCCAGGGAUUCUGGGUCCAGACCAGGAUAAGAGUUUAACUCAGCUGUUUGCCGUCAGAGCAGACAGGGCUCCACUCCUCUCCACUGACGACGUGUUCCUAAACAUUACUGGCUCGCAGAGCACAGUUAUCUUGAAUGGACAUGGUGAUAAGAUGUCAUUACACUUAGUUUUAUAUGCGUUUCUCCUGCCGUAAAGGACUGGAUAUCUGAUGGUUUAAAUGUCAAAUGCUUUUAACAAGCAGCAGCUUGUUAAGUGAUGUUUCAGGCCUCAUGUGUAAUUUUAUAAGACAUCUUAAAAAAAUACAUUACUGUUUUUGUGUUGAACUGAUACUAAGGUCUGGAAGUUGACUCCGACCAAUAAAAACUACAGGUUUUUGGGUAUAUAUCUGUAUGUACAUAUAUAUAUAUAUGUGUGUGUGUGUGUGUGUGUGUGUGUGUGUGUGUGUGUGUGUGUGUGUGUGUGUGUGUGUGUGUGUGUGUGUGUGUGUGUGUGUGUGUGUGUGUGAGGGGAGGGGAGUGGAGUGGAGUGGAGGGGAGGGGACAGGCUGCAGAUAAUUCUGUGAGUGUUUUCGUCCUUGUGCAUUUGUUGAGGGAUCUUAUGGAAGCGGAACACAGGAGUGGGAUCAAAUAAAUGUUUUGGGACCAACCUUCCGUCAAGAUAAAAAGAUACUGGAUUAAGCGCUGGAGCGUUUUUACAUUCUUCAUCAAAAACCUUUUAAUGCUUGCUGUCAGAUGUUUAGCAGCUGGACCAAGUUGUUUGACAUGACAUUUGAUAUUUUAUUCUUCGUUUUUACACAGACUCAGUGUUUCUCAAAGUUUUGUUUGUUUUGGAGCAUCUGGUAAUUUGUUAUGAUGGACUGUGACCGGUAUCAGCCUUAUUCUCACUGACGUGGUAUCAACCCAAAGCAACAGCACACAGUCUUUGUGUAUUUGGGCUUUUUGUUUCGUAAAUGUCAUAUUUGACUGGACCAGUGAGCGCUGAACCCUCAGUUACAAUGACUCCUGCCUGUGUGGAUUCCAACGGGCCAACAGCCCAGACCGACGUGAAGCCUCGGAUGAUGGGUGUGAUCCUGACCAUCGCUGCCUGCCUCAUCAUCUCCACAAACCUGCUGGUGGCAGCUGCUCUACUUAAGCUGAUCCUCAGAAAGAGCAGCCAGAGCUGGUGCUUUGUCCUCAACCUGGCACUUGCCGAUGCCCUGGUGGGUGUCGCCAUCACUGGCCUUGCUACAGAGAACUUCACCUAUGUCACUCGGAGCCAACACAACCACACGACUGCUGACACCCUGACAAAUGGCACCCUUCUAGCUAAGGGCAAGACGCGAUGUUUGAUGCAGAUGGCCUUUGUGGCGUCCCCCUGCACGGCGUCCAUUAUGUCCAUGCUCCUGAUCUCACUUGAUCGCUAUGCAGCCAUCAAAAUGCCCCUGAGGUAUUCUCUGCUUUCUGGGAAAGCGACAGCAGUCGGGUCCUUGCUGGCUCUUUGGAUUAGCUCCAUUGUUGUUGGAUUCUUGCCAGUCAUGGUGCGGCAGCUGCAGACAGAGGGGUACAGCGGCUUCUGCGCCUUCUUUUCUGUCAUUCAAGAGGUGGGCAUCAUCAUCCUAUUCAGCACAUGCUUCUUCCCCGUGCUCUCAGUGUUCGUCUACAUUUACCUGGACAUCCUCAGGAUCGCCUGCAGCCACCAGAAGCAGAUUUGCCAAGUUCGAGAAGCAGGCUCCAGGACGGCUGACGACCAGGACCAUCAGCAGUACCAGCAUCUGCAACACAGGAGCGGUUACUGGAGUCAUGUCAAGGCCCUUAGGAUGGUGGCGGUGCUCGUGGGCUGCUUUUUAGUUCUCUGGUGCCCCUUCUUUGUGGUGUGCCUAGUGCACGUUCUGUGUAAAAGCUGUGAACUCACGGAUGUACUACAGGAUUAUCUGUGGCUGCUGGGACUGAUUAACUCUCUCAUCAACCCGCUGGUGUAUGCUUUUUGGCAAAGGGAAGUAAGGAUUGAGUUAGCGGCCAUAUUUUCCUGCUUUACAAUGAGGUCACUGGCUUCUGGACCAGCAGGUGUCAUAGAAAGCGACCCGCAGCCUCCUGUGCUGACUCACACCUGUGUUUCGGGUGGAGAUGCCCUGAACCCUUCAAAGUCACAGCUAAUUACCUGUAUCGACGAGUCUCACACUGUGCCACUUUCAGUUACAACUAGCUUGUAAAAGAAACUCCGAAACCAGGGAGUGUGAAUAUGCUUUUAGAGAAAAGGACGUGGUGAUUCCCCAGAGUGGAAAUAAAAACAGACACCUCAAAUAACACAACUUAAUUAACAGUGGUACUGUGUUCACUGGUUCUGUAGUAGAAUCACUCUGUCCUGUGCAGAGACACAGGGGUCUCACCCCAAUGUGAUAAUAAAGUAUAAACUACAAAACAUCUGUUGCUGUUUUCUUAAGUCUUUACUUUGAAUAAUCAAGGGUUUUGAGUAAUGCAUGUGCAAAAUACAUACACGAACAAAUAGGAUUGGAUGAUUAUAACUUAUAGAUUCAGGAACGUUCAGGAAUACUGUGUUUUACUCAUAGCCUGUGGCUGUGAGUAGCUCUUAUUAAGUGGAUUAAUACUUUUAUAACUAUUAACUAAUAAUAAUGAUUAGAUAGCAAUUAAAUUCAAACUUUUCAUUAUAUUUACUUUACAUAAUAUACUUUUAAUUAGGGGUAUGCAACUAAAAUUUAAAGAGGUCCUGUUACACAAAUUUCUUGGAAGCAAAGGUCCAGAAAAUUCUAAUGUCUAACUAUUUACUCCAAUAUAUUAUUAAGUAGCCUGCAAUUUACUGUUAUGUAACAUCAAA